AUGCCCACUACAACUACCACAGCCCCCUCCCACCCCCCGCCCACCGCCAACCCCUCCCGCCGCCUCCAAAAACCCCACGCCGCCACCCAACUCCUCUCCCGCACCCUCCACCCCACCCACACCUACCUCCACCUCCGCCUCCUCACCCCUCUCACCACCAUCCCCUCCCCCACCGCCCCUGACAUCGACCCCCUCACAAUCCGCACCCACCUUACCUCCGCGCUACGCCAUGCGCACGGGCUGGCGGGGACGGCGAUCGCGCUGGACGUGCUGAAGGUAAAGGGGGAGGAGGUGUGGGUGAGGUGUCCGGCGGAGGAGGGGAGGAGCGUGGUGGUGGGGUUGGGGGGGUGGGAGGGGUCGGAGGGGAAGAUGAAGGUGGGGUGGAGGGUUGUGGGGUGGGAUGGGUGGGCAGGGAGGAGAGGAAGGGGAGAUGGGAGGGGGUUGUUUUUGUGAGAGGAGAGGGGGACACACGGCGUUUGGCACGGGUUAGAACAGAGGUCACGCAUGAAAGAGUUGGAUUUCGAAAAUUCUGGAUUCGCUGGUAGUUGGACGAGACGCUAACGGGCGAGAACUCAUGUACCUACAAUGAUCCAUACGUAUACAGUCUAACUAUGUGUGUGUGGUCCCAUAUCGCCUCCAUCUCCCCAGCGCCAACGAGAGAAAGUACUGGUGCACUGGACUCUAUCAUCCAGGUCCUGCAUCAACCGAUUUGUUUUGUUGCUACUUUUGAUUUUCGAAAAGAAAU